CGCUGCGCGGCUGAACAGGAAACCAAACAAGGAAUUCAGAUUUGAACGAUCUUACGUGUCAUUCCCGGAGUUUCAGUGAUUCGGAAAUCUCCUUAAGUCUGUCGGAGAUCAAACCGCUGCUGGUUCUGGUCUCGUUAUUGAUGAGCUGUGGUCGCCCUGGUAACAGUUGCUAACGACAGAAGCAUGAAGGCUUUGAUUUUGGUGGGCGGGUACGGGACCCGGCUGCGACCGCUCACCCUGAGCGUCCCGAAACCGCUGGUGGACUUCUGCAACAAACCCAUCCUGCUGCACCAGGUGGAGGCGCUGGUCAAGGCCGGUGUGGACCAUGUGGUUCUGGCGGUGAGCUACAUGUCUGAGCUGCUGGAGAGAGAGAUGAGAGUUCAGGAGCAGAGACUCGGGAUUCGUAUUUCUCUGUCUCAUGAGAAGGAGCCUCUUGGAACUGCGGGCCCCCUGGCGUUGGCUCGAGAGCUGCUGAACGUCGACAACGAGCCGUUCUUCGUCCUCAACUCGGACGUCAUCUGUGAUUUUCCCUUCAAAGAUCUGCUGCAGUUCCACCGCAACCACGGCAAGGAGGGAACCAUCGUGGUGACGCGGGUGGAGGAGCCCUCUAAGUACGGCGUUGUGGUGUUUGAGACGGAGAGCGGCAGGAUCCACCGCUUCGUCGAGAAACCGCAGGUCUUUGUCUCCAACAAGAUCAACGCCGGCAUGUACAUCUUCAAUCCCAGCAUGCUGAGCAGGAUCCAGCUGAGACCAACAUCCAUAGAGAAAGAGAUAUUUCCUGUCAUGGCGGAGGAGGGACAUCUGUACGCGAUGGAGCUACAGGGUUUCUGGAUGGACAUCGGUCAGCCUAAAGACUUCCUGACAGGGAUGUGUAUGUACCUUCAGUCACUACGGCAACACGCUCCUGAGAGGCUACGCACAGGACCCGGUUUCCUAGGCAACGUUCUGGUGGACCCGACGGCUCAGAUCGGUGAGAACUGCACCAUCGGCCCGAAUGUGACCAUCGGCGCCGGCGUGGUCGUGGAGGACGGGGUGAGGAUAAAACGCUGCACGGUGCUGAAGGGAGCGCGGGUUCGGUCACACUCUUGGCUGGAGAGCUGCAUCGUGGGCUGGAGCUCCUCCGUCGGCCAGUGGGUUCGUAUGGAGAAUGUGACGGUGUUGGGAGAGGAUGUGAUCGUGAACGACGAGCUUUAUCUGAACGGCGCCAACGUCCUGCCUCACAAAUCCAUCAACGAGUCGGUCCCGGAGCCACGAAUCAUCAUGUAGCAUCGGACGGAGGAGAAAAGCCCAACGCCUUUUUAUACGAACUCGACUGAACACCCAAACUGUGCCAGAGAGAGAGAGAGAGGGGGAUGAACACAUGGGUGGAAGGGAGGAGAGAAAAAGGAACAAAAGACGGCUUUUUUUUUCUUUUUUUCAAUUAAUUUGGACUCGUUUUUAGCCCUGCUUGGCUGCACCUUCCAUGAAUCAUAAACGAUGGGGUAAGACGGCGUUCGCAUGUGAUAAACAGUCAAAAAACUGACUGCAGCCCGGCCCGUCAGGAAGGUUUAUACUAGUUAAAGCUCUGACAGUGCUGGAGGUUAAAGGUUUGAAUGUGGCGGAAGUUAAACAUGUGUGAACACUGCAUUAUUAGAGAAAAAGUGGGGGGAGUGGGCUGAUAUACCUGGGCUGGUUGUCUGUCAGAUGGUGCAGGGACUAAUAUGAGUGUAUUUAGGGGAGGUGGGGUUAGAGAGAGAUAUGAACACUUCUGUUUAGAUUCACUAUGCAUUUACAUUUCCUGGACGGCUGCAGAGAAUCAGUGAAUAGACCCCGAAGGAUCAAACCGUAUCUACAUGUUUCUCUGUUGUAGCAGAAACUAGAAUAAUGAAAUGACACAGAUUUCUGAGGUGACAUAUGCAGUGUUUGAUAUAGUUAAAGCUGUAUUGAUUGAUUAACAUUUGGCAGAGAACAAACUGUAAACACAACAUUUGACAUUUUAUCGCUUUAUGAAGAUGUUAAGGUGAAUAUUUUAGCAAAGAGUUGUUUCUCCAGUAGACACAGAGGAACAUUAUCAUCCCAGCUGAGUCAUGUUUGUGUCAACCUGAUCAAUUUUUAUACAAAAACUUUGAUUAAUACAACUUUAAUCAGUCAUAGAGUAUAUGUCGAUUAUGUCUCGAUGCCUUUGUAAACUCAACCGCUUUUUCUGUUUUGUUGUCUUUUUAUCAUGAAAACUAUGCGCUUCAAUGCCAAACUGGUUACUGGUCUGUUUACAGAUUUAACAUUUACAGAUAUUUGAGUUAGAUGAAUAGACUACAUCUGGGAUAUUCUACUUAAAAAUAAUAUAUUGUUUUACCAUGUUUUUCUUUUGUUUGAGUGUUUGUUAAAGGGUAACUUAAACACCCUCUGAAGAUCUUGUUUUUGCUGGGUGUAUUGAGAGUGCAAACAGGUUGGAAAUUGAAUUUCUUUAUCACUAGAGGGGCUACAAAUCUUGUCCUGAGGCAGCACUAGAGUUACUGUUGUUACUUAGUUUUUAUCUUUCAUACGGUGGCUGUUUUAGGACAUCUCAGAUCUCUUAAUGCUGUCAAACUUGACUCAACCUUCAUCAGUCUCAGCUGUACAUCAGUUAGCUACAGCUAGCAUGUUAAAAUGCAGCUAUUAGAUAUCAACAUGCUACUGUUAUAAUGUAACGUUUAGCAUGUUAGCAUGCUAACACACUCAAUUUAGCAUGUUCCCAUCCACUACAGAGACCCAAUUUCUGGCAGGGUUACAUUUGGCUUCAUUGUGCAUUUGACUCAACCUCAAUUGGUGACUCAAGAUGAAGGGUUGAAGCUCAUCAUUGAAAGCAGAUAAUAAACGCUUAGCAUGUUAGCAUGCUUUUAGCAUUCAUCUCAAGCUGAGACUGUUGGGAAUUCACCCUUUACUUUUAGAAGUAUCCUGUCAUGAACUGACAUAUGAGAGAAAUCUUUGUUCGGCACCUCCAGCGUCUUUAUUAUUCAUCCUCAGGGGACCAUGAAUGUCUGAACCAAAUUUCAUGGCAAUCCUUCUGAGAGUUGCUAAAAUAUCUCACUCUUCACCAAAGAGUUGGACCGACAGACUCACUGAUAGACCAACGUUGUUGAAUUUAACAUCAGAUGUUUUGAAUCAUGUGUAUUAAUUAAUAUAAGAAGAGUUUGUUUGAUACACAUUCAAAUGGAGAUGAAUUAGCUCUUGAUUUGAUUCAUUAUUGUUGUAAAAAUUAAUCAUUUUAAUGUGCAACAGGGAUGAAGGAGUCGCUUGAUACAGUUAAAAACAAAACAAAACAAAAACCUUUGCUAUUGAAGGUUUCUGGAGCUCCUCGCCACAGUCGUCCAUGUUUUUGUCAGUUCAGAUGUACAGAGGUCAGUAAUAAUGUGUCUUCUACUUGUGACUUAUCAUGACUGACCAUGAACACAUGCAGCAGUUGAAAUCAGCCGUCUGUCUGUCCAAAUAAUCAACAACAUUGAUCUCUGAACUGAACGCAGUAGCUCCUCAUUGUUACGCAGUUAGUGACAAACAGUAUUUAGAACACUGAACAUACAAAGACUUUGACUGUGUCUGAAUGAAUGAAGUUAAUUCUUGUAAUGAAGUCUUUUUUUUUUUAAAGAGAAUAAUAUACUGACUACAUCCACA